AUGCCGCAGGCAAGUGGGCCACUCGACGAUGUCGACUCGCUCCUCGACGCGCUGAGGAAGGAGUUCCGCGACGCGCCGCACGGCUUCCACAACGAGUCAAGAAGAGACCAGCCCCCAAGCCCCGAGAUACCUCGCCACGCUCACGAAACACCAGAGCCUGCCGACGGCCCAUCCAAGCCGGGCCCCACAACGCCAGUACGCACCCCGCCCGUCCGCCCCCCGUCCCCGCCACCGGUGCCGAAGCGUGCCACCGACACGGGCAGGUUGUCACCACUCGGCAGCGACGACGGGUGGGGCCCGCCUAGGGCCACAUACGGCGAAGAUCAAGAUCGUUCGCAGCAUCGGGCACAAGACGUCGACGCGUGGCGAACGGCGAUACCAGCCACACCAGACGACGAAGGGUCAUCGGCAGCACCUCCACCAGCGCCAGCGCGCUCAGCACUACGGAACGAGCCCCGCCUCCGUCGUCAUGAAGGCAAAACACCAAAGCCCAGGCUUCGUGCCGCGCCGAAGACCCCAGCGCCGCAGAGCACCAAACCUGCGCCGGUACUCGUCGAGGGCUCGAGGCCUGUGCGGCAUGCGAUGGAGGAGAUCGUUGCGCGUCUCAAGAACGAGAACGAGAGACGGGGACAGGAGAGCCCGAGCACGCGGUCGCCGAGUGCGCUCGCCUCACCGAGUGUCCAGAAUGGAUCGAGUGUGGCGCGCGGCGUUAUCAUGACGCCGCGCGGCCUCGAGCCGCCGCGGGAGACAGAGGAUGACGGGUGGCCGUCGCCACCUGCUCGUGAAGCAAAUCAAGGUCAAGGGCCCGCCACACCCGCCCUCGAGACCAGCGAGUGGCCGGCACGCGAAGAGACCCCCGCGCUCGUCGUCACGGACAUUGAAGUGGCGCCUGGCUCCCGCCCCGACGAGAUCGCGAGCGAGUGGAGCCGCCGCGGUGUGGUUGAGAGCGUCGAGAUUGUCAAGGUUGUUGCGCGGGUCGUGUGGCGGCCGUUCCACGAGUGA